ACAUGCCCAAAGACAUACCACAAUCCUUUCAAAUAAAGUAUUAAGGGUAGAACAAUUUAGGAAUAGGGUGAUCGAUCUAGCCAAGCCAAGCCAAGCGUUUCUAGACAUGAAGAUGGAGCGCGAUUUGCACACGAUCAAGGGGGAUGGAGACUCGAGCUACACCAAGAACUCUAGCAUCCAAAGAAAAGCCAUUCUUGCAACUGAACCAAUGGUUGAGAAAGCCAUAAGAGGAUUACGCACGGAUCUCCAACCUCGAUCGAUGGUCGUUGCCGACCUAGGCUGUUCCUCCGGUGCAAACACACUCCUCUUCGUCUCCAAGGUGAUUGCCACCAUAAGUGAAGAUAGCCCAACUGACAGCAACAUCAGGGAGUGUCCCAUGGAACUCCAAUUCUUUCUCAAUGACCUGCCCAGCAACGAUUUCAACCACACCUUUCAGUCGCUAGAGCAGUUCAAGCAGUUAACAGCGCAAGACUAUGCUCGUAGAGGGCUACAACCUCCCCCACACUACUUCGCCGCCGUAGCGGGGUCCUUCUACACCGAGCUUUUCCCUUGUAGCAGUGUGCAUCUCUUCCAUUCGUCCUUCAGUCUCAUGUGGCUCUCUCAGGUUCCGGAGCAUCUUCAUAGCAAUAUGAACAAAGGCAACAUUCACAUCGGGGUGACUACCUCACCAUUGGCAGCGAAGCUUUAUCUUGAUGAGUUUGAAAAGGGCUUCUCGCAUUUCCUUCAGCUGCGCUGCAGAGAGCUUGUGCCCGGUGGCCGGAUGGUGCUAACAAUUCUUGGGAGGAAGAACGAUGACAUGAUCUUUGGAGGUGGGACAUUAAGUAGUACCUUGGAGUUGCUUUCGCAAGCAAUGCGUACUCUUAUCGAAGAGGGCCGUGUGGAGGAGGAGAAGCUGGACACCUUCAACCUGCCAAUCUACAGCCCUUCGCCCGACGAGCUCAAGCGGCUGGUGGAACAGAGCCAUCUGCUAGACAUCAUGGACACCCAGGUGUUCGACCUGCCCUACGACCCCAUGGAUCAGAACUACUCGAAACCCGAUCAGGAGGGCGCCGCCGCAGCAGACGACGCUCACGAGGCCAUCGGCCGCAAAAUCGCCGCGGGUUUGAGGGCGGUAACCGAGCCCCUGCUCGCGUGCCAUUUCGGGGAGUCCAUAAUCGAUGAGUUGUUCGCCGUGUUUGCGUGUAAUAUGACCCGGCAACUUGAGAGUGGGGGAGAGGGCAGGGCUGUCACGGUGAUUUCGAUGUUGUUGCAGGCAAAGGUGCUACAAUGAUAUGGGAUAUGAGGUAAACAAUACAACGGGAUCUUCCGAAACCGACCAACCCAGAACACUUUUCCCUCUUUUUCCGUACGCACGCUUUUUAAGCUGCUGAACGGUAUAUUUUUUGGAAAAAAGUUUUAUAUAAAAGUUGUUUAAAAUAUUCAGAUUAAUUUAUUUUUCAAGUUUGUAAAAGCUAAUACUCAAUUAAUCAUGUGCUAAUGGCUUUUUUCGUUUUACGUGCGCUGAUUAGACAAUUUAGACACGUCACUUGCGAACGGUGCCAACAAGAGCAUUUUUUCUAUCCUCGAGAAGGUACUGAGGUACUACUGCUUUCUAUAUAAAAUUUGGUAUCUUCUAAUAUCUAAGGUACCAACAUGUAUCAAAUUUUACGUAGAAAAUAGUGGUAUCUUCCGGUAUCUUCUUAAGGAUAGUAAAAAUUAGUAAUACAACAAUAACCGCAUGGUGUGGUUAAGAAUAUUUGUGAUAUGGUCUCUCAUGUGCUUUAUAUUAGAAGGAUGGGAUCUACAGAGGAAUAUAGAAGAACACGAUGGAAGAUCCAAACAUAACAAUAACACUAAGGAACGGUAUUUGUUAACGAAGUUCAACCAAAGUCUUGUAUCGUGGGGGAGCUAGUUAUUAGCAAUCAUCCCUAAUCCAGAACAAUUAAAAUGUACUACCUGUGUAUCCAUGCAUGACCCUCAACUGGCUAAGCCAU